GAGUACCGUUUUUGAACUGACAGUAUUUUGACAGUAAUUGUCAAAUUCUGUCUGCUAUUUUCUAACAAUCUGCGCUCUUUGGGAGAGGUCAGGGGAGAAGUAAGAUUUAAAAGAGUUAAAUCAAAACAAAACCAUGGUAUUUUCAAGACUUUAUAAUCCUAGUGUCCGCUUGGGAGCCGGAGGUAGAACAGUAUUAAAAUUUUGUAAAGAAUCUUUCUCUCCUCGAAUAGCAACUAUGGCUGACUUCAGAAUUGAGAAGGAUACAUUUGGAGAAUUGAAAGUACCUUCAGAUAAAUAUUAUGGAGCACAGACUGUUAGAUCUACGAUUAAUUUUCCUAUUGGAGGUGAAUUUGAACGAAUGCCUUAUCCCGUCAUAACAGCUAUGGGUAUUUUGAAAAAGGCAGCAGCAAUAGUGAACAAGGACUAUGGCCUAGAUCCCAAAGUAGCCGAUGCCAUUGUGAAAGCUGCAGAUGAUGUUAUCUCGGGAAAAUUAUAUUGUGAUCAUUUUCCUCUCGUUAUCUGGCAAACUGGAUCUGGUACCCAGACUAACAUGAAUACUAAUGAAGUUAUAAGUAACCGGGCUAUAGAAAUAUUGGGAGGUAAACUUGGUUCAAAAGAUCCUGUCCAUCCAAAUGACCACGUAAAUAAGAGUCAGAGCAGCAACGACACUUUCCCUACAGCUAUGCACAUUGCCGUUGCCGUUGAAAUUGAACACACUUUGUUACCGGGAUUAAAAGCUUUACACGAAGGACUGGACAAAAAAUCCAAAGAAUUUAAAGAUAUAAUAAAAAUAGGUAGGACACAUACACAAGAUGCCGUACCUUUAACUUUGGGUCAAGAAUUUAGUGGUUACACACAACAGAUGGCUUUCGCAAUUGAUAGAAUUAAUGCUACAUUACCAAGGGUAAGAAUGCUGGCUUUGGGAGGUACUGCUGUCGGUACUGGUUUGAAUACAAGAAAAGGUUUUGCUGAAAAAUGUGCCGCGAAAAUCUCGGAAUUGACUGGUUUACCUUUCACUUCCGCACCAAAUAAAUUUGAAGCGCUAGCAGCUCGUGAUGCAAUGGUCGAGGUAUCUGGAGCUUUGAAUGUCAUAGCUGUAUCUCUAAUGAAAAUCGCCAAUGAUAUUAGAUUUUUAGCAUCUGGUCCCCGUUGUGGUUUAGGAGAACUCUCUCUUCCCGAAAAUGAACCAGGUAGUUCUAUUAUGCCGGGAAAAGUCAAUCCUACUCAGUGUGAAGCUAUCACUAUGGUUGCGGCUCAAGUAAUGGGUAACCACGUUGCUGUUACCAUCGGUGGUGCUAACGGUCACUUUGAACUUAACGUUUUCAAGCCUAUGAUUGUAUCCAACGUACUUAGAUCGAUAAGACUAUUAGGUGAUAGUACCAAAUGCUUCACCAAGAAUUGCGUCGAUGGAAUUAAAGCAAAUACUGAAAGAAUAGAUAAAUUAUUGAACGAAAGUUUGAUGUUGGUUACGGCAUUGAAUCCCCAUAUUGGAUAUGAUAAAGCCGCUCUGAUUGCCAAGACGGCUCACAAAGAGAAUUCAACUUUGAAGAAAACCGCUGUGAAAUUGGGAAUACUUACAGAACAACAGUUUGACGAAUGGGUGAAACCGUCUGAAAUGAUUGGACCUAAAUAAUGUAAUAGAUAAUGGAUGGUGUUAUAUUUAAAAAUUUUGUUCUUUUCAAUUGAAUUAUAAUAAUAUUUAUUUAUGAACAUGAA